AUGCAAGUUUUCACUAUUUAUUUAUUUGGCCUUUUCUUUACUUUCGCUGAACUCUUCGCUAUCAAUAUAUUCGCUAGACUGGCAUUCUGGGGUACCGUCUUGAGCAGUGCAUUGGCGGUGCAACACAGACUCGAUGCCGACUUCGCACAGUUAUAUUCGAGUGCGACCCAUACGCCGUGGAUUGCGGCGAAUAUGACCCUGGAUCUGUCUUCCAUCGCCUCAGAGGACCAGUAUACUGCUCUAACUCACCCUCGGUUUCCUGCUCAUCAAGUCAGGGUGAAGAAAACUAACUUCUGUGACCCUACCGUCAAUGUGUACACCGGUUAUCUCGACGUCGAUGCAGGUGCAAAACAUCUGUUCUUCUACUUCUUUGAGAGUCGAAGAGACCCUGCGAACGACGAUGUGAUGAUGUGGAUCAAUGGAGGCCCCGGUUGCUCAUCGUCUACGGGUUUGCUGAUGGAAUUAGGGCCUUGCUCCAUUGAUAUGCAACAAGUGUCUAGCAAUGGAACCGUGUGGAAUCCUUAUUCGUGGAACGCGGAAGCGAACAUCUUCUUCCUGGAUCAACCAGUUGGUGUUGGCUUCUCUUACGCUGACUUCAGCGAAACGGUAGAGACUACCGAGGAUGCAGCAAAGAACGUGCAUGCCUUCGUCUCCAUCUUUUUUGAGACGUUCCCGCAAUUUACAGGAAGAGCUUUGCAUCUGUCUGGUGAAUCAUAUGGUGGUCGAUACUUGCCUGCAUUCGCCAGCUACAUAUACGAUCAGAAUCAAGCUGCAAAAGUUGAAGGUCGAGAGCCUCUCAAUCUCAAGAGUGUUGUAAUCGGAAACGGAAUCACUGAUAUCUCUACACUAUAUGAAGGUCGCUACGAGAUCGAAUGCGGUACUGCAGCCCUAGAUGUGCCUUUCCAACAGAUUAGCACCUGCGUUCGCAUGAAAAUUGCUCUCCCUCGAUGCAAUGCAGCCAUGCAGAAGAGUUGCAUAGACCAUUUUGUUUCCAUGGAUUGCAGGGCUGCGGUCAAUUUCUGCGACAAUGAAUUGAGUACGGGAUUCUGGAACAGCGGCCGCAAUGUAUACGAUGUUUCCAAGAUGUGCGAGGGGAACACGUUGUGCUAUAAUGACCUCACGGAAAUUACAAGGUUCCUUGAUGACCCGGCCACCCGAGCAUUGUUGGGCGUCGAGACGUCCAAAGCAUUUUCGGCAUGCAGUUCGGAAGUUGGUACUAACUUCAAUGCGCACAUGGACAAAUGGGCCGUACCUUCUCAAUACUACGUCGCAAGCCUCUUGGAGCGGGGUGUUCGCAUACUGAUCUAUGCUGGGACGUACGACUGGCUGGGUAGCAAACAGGUUGUGGGUGGACAAGUUGGACUGGCAUGGACGAGCAGCGUACAAUGCGGAGGAAUGGCGCAGUUGGGUCGUCAAUGA